AUGGAAUGUCGCAAGAUGGAGGGUUGGGCCACCCCUAUCGCUGUUCUUGAGUUCGGACCAACGGCAUAUCCCAGGCGGAGUGAGACCGCAACGAAUGUCACAAAUACUAGGCGCAAAUGGCCCAUGACAUUUGUAUUUCAGCCCCUUUCUCGGGCACGAAAUCCCGAGUCCAAGCUUGCCCGUCCCAGGGGCCAUCCGGCGACAGAUUGGAUAAAGUUUUGA